AUGAUUAUUCCAAAGCCCUCCGAGAAACCUCAAUCACCACCGCAUUCGUCACUCAAAUCAUCGCGAAGACGACCACGGAGCCCUGCCCCUCACUCAACUGUUCCAAGAUCACCUCCACCGGCACCAUCUGCAAGAGCUGUUCUGUGGAGUAAUGCACUACCACUUUGUCCGUUACAAAGUCUUGCGGCUGCCCCGGCGUUCUCUCAACUACAUCCGUCGACUUCGAGUGUGGAGAAGCUGACGUCUGUAAUAAGAUUGAGUGCAGAACGGUGUACGCAGUGA